CGUCAGCAGGAGACUCUGAGGGAAGCAGUCAGUCAGACUCGCUGUUAUUUUCCUCAGAAAUGCAGGACCCUGAUCACAGUUCCUCCCCGGGCGCGAGGGACCUGAGGAGCAGCAUUGGGCUGGCCUAUCUAUUCUCAUACAAUUUGCUGCAGUUCUGUGGACACACAUGGACCUUUGCAAACAUGUCUGCCAGAUUUCUCUCAUUUGGCGGCGAUGCUUUAGCUGGCACAUUCUAUUUUGUUGGAGUGAUGAUGUGUGGGUGCCAACUUUUAUCAAUACUGGAGCUUUUCCACAUAGCAGACGGGCUUGAAGAGAGCAGACUUCUUCCUCGCUUUGUACAGGUGAUGCAGAGAAAUUUCCUUUUAUUCCUGAUCAUCAGCCAAGAAGAGUUUCAGAGUCAAACUGUAGUGUGUGUGCUGUUUUAUCUGUGGAAUAUGUUAGAUCUGAUAAGAUACCCAUACAAGCUGCUACGCCUCAUCAGCACUCCAACAUUUAAUAUGCUGUGGGUGCGCCACACUUUCUUCAUCCCUGUCUACAUACUGUCUGUAAUUGCAGAAGGAGUCAGUAUUUUACUGGCGCUGCCCUACUAUGAGACACAGGGGACGUAUUCGGUCCAGCUUGAAGCACCCGUUUCUGUCUAUGUCCAUUUUCCAUAUGUCCUAAUGGCUUACCUCCCACUGUUGGCAGCAGGCUCUGGUGUAACAGUACGAAUCUUACUGGAAGAAAGAAGACAGACUCUUGAGAGCUGGAAUCAGAAGAUGAAGAUAAGUUAACUGAAGAACCCCCACCCCUUGUGUUCACUGGAAAGCUACUAAAGAAUGCUUUUUCGUUUAAUCCAGUGACUGUAUAAAGCAUGGACAGCACAACAUCUCUCAAAAUGUAGAAGCCGCUACAGGUUUAGUGCCUCUGCAGGCUGCUUGUAUGUAUGACGUGUAGCUCCUCCCACCCACAAUAUUUUUCAGUGACAAAAGGAGCCAGUUUUCCCUGUUCUAUUAGUGCCACAUUUUUCCCCAAGCAGUGUUAUUAUGGAAAAACUACACAUACUGGGAGGAAGAACAUGUCUGAAGCACCUCCCUUUUUCAAUCUAACAUUCUAUAAAUCUACUGGACUUUCUUGUCAUGUCACAACGAGUUUUUGCAACCCUCCACCGCCCCAUCUCCUCCCUUUAACUUAUCUCUCAUCUUCCUGACUACAGAACUGUUAGAAGAGGGGCACUUGCUUCUUACUUCAAGUUAAAGCUGCCUGAACUCCAGCCCAAAGUUCUCUGAGUUUCCUCCCUUUUCGUCUUUCUCUUCCUGAAUAACAUAAGCUGAUGGCAUGCUUUAAAGUAGCAAAAUAAGUUUUUAAAUGUAAUUGUACUCGACCAUAAUAGGGCAGGGUUAUGUUUAGGAAUGAAUUAACUGUCUUGAUUACAUGGAGUAGCUGAAUUGAAGAUGAGCUGUCAGGCAAAUAGGUAGGUAGUCAUACUAUUAUUGAUCAUGUGUGUUGGUCGUAUUAAAGGAGAACUCCGGUGUAAAAUGGACUUUUGGUGUAGUAAAACAUGUAAAAAAAAAAAAAAAAAAA